UAGACUUGAAACACUUGGAGCGGAAACGAAACGUACGCAUCUCUUAAUAUAUUUAACCAGCAAAAUUUCCACUCUAUUGAAAUUCUUUCUGCAUCGAUAAUUUAAUUUUUGUAAGAUGCCAACUUGGUGAUAAUGAAAUUCAAAUUGCCAAAAGAAGAAUCGUGUUAUCGAUAAGGACCACUAUCGGGAAAGCGGCAAGUGACGUCACGUUUGCAGACGAAGGAGAAUGAAGUGCAUCUCUUUGCUUUGAAUGCCAAUGAAGUGAAGUGUAUCGACUAUCAAUGAAUUCUUAACCAUGUUUAAGCUCUUAAUAUUGCUUACAAUUGUGACGCUUACGGCAUCAUUAACCUUUAAGCCACAUAUAAUUUUUAUUGUCGCCGAUGACCUCGGUUGGAACGAUGUCAGCUGGCAUAAUCCGGAAAUGCUAACACCAAAUUUGGGAAAUUUGGCAAGAGAAGGAGUUAUACUUAAUCAGUCAUACGUUCAACCCGUUUGUACUCCAUCAAGAACUGCUUUUAUGUCUGGUUAUUAUCCUUUUAAAGUUGGAAGACAAAAUUCAGUUAUUGAUUAUUUAGAACCAACAGGAUUAUCCAUUAACUUUACUCUUUUACCUGAAAAAUUGAAAAGUUUGGGAUAUUCUACACAUAUAGUUGGAAAAUGGCAUCUGGGUUAUUGUAAUUGGUCAUAUACACCAACUUAUCGUGGCUUNCGAGAAAUUACUCUAAAACAGCUCAUUUUCUUCAAGAUGAUUGUCAGAAGCGCCUGUAAAUGGUACUUCACCUCACAGCAUUCUAAAUUAUAUAUCGUUGUUUUAAUAGGAAUGGUAAGUGCAAUGGAUGAUGCAGUUGGAAAGAUAAUCACUUCUCUAAAAAAAUAUGGAUUUUUCAACGAUUCAGUAAUCAUUUUUACGACUGAUAACGGAGGACAAACUAAAGCUGGAGGCAAUAAUUGGCCUUUGAGAGGUAAUAAAGGUACUUUGUGGGAAGGAGGAACUCGUGGACCUGCCUUCGUUUAUAGCCCUAAUCUUCUAAAAAAACGUUACGUAAAUACAAAAAUUAUACACGCUGUAGAUUGGUAUCCUACAAUCUUACAUUUGGCAGGUUUUACUAAAGUGAAUAAUAAAAUUGAUGGAGUUAAUCAAUGGGAUGUCAUCAAUAAUGAUGGUCCUUCAGCCAGGAGUGAAUUUAUAUAUAACAUAUUCGAUCAUUCUCAUCGACGUGCUGCUAUCAGAGUUGGAGAUUAUAAAUUAAUUUGGGGACAUCCAGGGAAUCCUAGUGGAUGGAUACCACCUCCCAGACAGAAUGAGCAUAUUAAAACUUGUAAUUUAUCUACAAAAUCUAUUGCAUCAGCUAUAAGAUUGUUUAAUAUUAAAGAGGAUCCAACAGAAAGGAAUAAUUUAGGUGCAACCUUACCUAAAGUAGUCGAAUUGUUAAAGAAAAAAAUAAUAGAAUAUAGUAGAGAAAUGAUUCAAGCAGAUGAUCCAAAAGACGAUCCAAAUGGCGAUCCCAUUUAUUGGAAUGGGAUAUUUUCACCUGGUUGGUGUAUAGCUAGAUGAAUAUUUAAAAAGAAAAAACAAUUUAAUUUUUAUGUUUUUAAUGAGAAUUAUUUUUAAAAAAUGAAGAAAAUGAUGUUAACAACAAUUCUGAAUAAAGAAAAAUUCGCUUUAAUUUUCAUGUGAAAAGAUACAAUAAAAAAAAAAAAAAAAGAAGACUCAUCUUUGCUUCAAG